AUGCUUCCAGCACUCAUACUGACCAGAAUUAUGGGAAUCACUCUAGCCCAAGAUGCUUCCCCGACACUAGAAGUCCCUUUCAUCGGCUUCUGGCCCGCCUUUAUGCCCCACUCCUCCGUUGUCACCGCAGAGGCAAAAGCCACAACCAUCUCAAUUGCCUGCCCACCCUCGCAACCCUGUGGUCUCUAUCCCAAAGAGACAAUUGUCUACGGUCCGUCAACCUACAACAUCGACAUGUCGGACCCAGACACCGACUUCACAUCCACCGUCGACUGCUCCCUCGCCACGCCCUGGAUCGUAUGCAAGGAAACUGCGGGCGGAAGUGAGGCAGAUUUUCCUGGAUCGAGCACCACAAGCUACGAAGCUGCGGAGCUGACCAGCCUGUCGGUUUCCAUCACAGCUGGUGCGGAAAAGUUGAAUGGGAGUGGGGAUUCGGCGGCUACAGUCUCGAACUCUACUCAAGGGGCAGUUUCUACUGGUGCGGUGAGUGGGGGUAUCGCUAGUGCGAUGCCGAGCGUGACCCCGAUUGUGGGUUCUAGGAGUGCUUCUGGAUCUGCGAGUGCGUGUCAGACUAGCGGCGGAACACCAGCAACGAUUUCAACGGCUGCGGCGGCAGCUAAUGGCGGUGUGUUUGCGAAUGAACUUGUUGGUGCAGCUGUAGGUGUUUGGUGCAUUGCUCUUGUUGUAUAA